UAAAAACAGCAUGGUAUGAGGAACACGAUCAAAAAUUUAGGUAGUUCCGGACAGACAAUUGCAAGAUGGCGAAAACUGUUGUCUUCGUUCUGAUGAUGGUCAUUUCACUCAGUUUUUUAUGGAUUGCAAACGUACAAGGCAAGACUUCGUUCAUCGUGCUGGGAGACUGGGGCUACAACUCAUCCCACCAAGCAAAGGUUGCCAAGGCAAUGGGCGAGUGGGCGGAGGCUAAUAAUGCCCGUUUCGUGCUUACUGUUGGAGACAACUUCUACAACGAGGGUGUGAGCAGUUUAACUGAUCCGUUAUGGAACACACUCUACCGGGACGUUUACGUUGACCCGAGUCUUAACAUCACGUGGUACGCGUGUCUAGGCAACCACGACCAUUACUGGGGCAACGCAAUCUACCAGGUGAAGGCUCAUCAAACGGUGGACUGGAGAUGGUACAUGCCGAAUUUGUAUUAUACUUUUGAAAUACAAGACCACGAAGGCGACCAAGUGACGAUCGAGUUCAUUGUGGCCGACACCGAAAAUUGCAAGAGUAAAAUGCAGAUGAAGUGGAUGAAGAAAGCUAUCACCAGAUCGUCGGCUGACUGGACAAUCGCUGUGGGCCACCACCCCGUUCUCUCUUCAGGAAAGCAUGGCAGCACACCUACCAUGUACAGCUCCAGCUCGUACCGUAAAGCCAUGGAGGAAGAAAAGGUCGCCUUUUACUUUUCCGGCCAUGACCACAGCCUGGAGCACAUCAGCCACAGUAAUCGCCCAACCGAGUACGUCAUUUCCGGUUCCGGGUCGAAGCUGUACGACCGGAGCGAAGAGAGCCUUCAGGACGUCGUAGAUAAAGGGUACACGAGUGAGUUUUUCGAAUCUACGCCAGGGUUCGUGGGGGUGACAAUUCACAACAAUGUGGCUAAUGUGACAUUUGUCGACAAAGGCGGCAAUGUUAUAUAUUGGUUUUUAAAAGAAAACCCCCGUGCCGCGGCAAUCUAGUGGGAUUCGUCUGAAAAAUUGAAAAGAAUCUGGACACCGUUCUUGCUUUAAAAUGAUCAUUUAUUGUCAUUCAUUGCUGAACAUUCUGUGGCAUGUUUAGAUCAUAUACGAGAGAUAAAUAAAUAACCUGCAAAUCAAAUUAUUCUUUGG